UAAAAGUAGCGCAUACAGAUUACGAGCCUACACUUCAAAACUAACUAAAAGAAAAUGUGUGUCAAAGAAAAAAAAGGGGGGGAGUCGCACAAGGAUUCGGCGCUGGAUAUCUAUCUAUUGCGAAUUUGCGCAGCCGAAUCACUCACAAAGAAGGGGAGGGGAAGGUAGGGAAAAAAGAAGACAAGAAAAAAAAGACUCCGACAUGUCCAGCUUCCCCAGCAAAGACAUCGAGCGACCAUCCAAAAGACCUAAAGAAAAACCCAACUCACCCAACCUACUACGCUUUGUUGCUUGUUCACCCACUCACUCCCUUCCAUAUCAAAUACAUUAUCAUAUCGUACAAACGCUAAUCAAAGCGUAAAAACAA